GUGCACAGAAGUGAAUAGUGAAAGAAAAAGCUUCGGAAGUGAAGAUAUAAGCUUCUUCUACUUUAGCUAUAAACAUAUUGGUGCAAAUUAUUUCUGUUUUACACAAUUCUAUCGCGGACGGAUUGAUUCGAGUCGUGAAAUUUCUUUAAUACAGUUGCGAAAUAGCUCUUGAACUGGAAAGACUUAACUUUUUUAAAAUAAGUAACAAUGAAUUCUCUUAAAUGUUUAACUAUUAGUAGGCAGCAUGGCCUUUUAAUUACGAGAAACUUUUCGACUUCUAAUCUAAAUUUAGCAAAUCAUAAAUGCAAAGUGCUUAUUGUUGGAGGUGGCGGUGGAGGUACGGCUGUUGGUGCUAAAUUAUGUUUCAAGUAUGGUGCAGGAAGUGUCAUGUUUUUGGAACCGUCUGAUCGUCAUUACUACCAACCAAUGUUCACAUUGAUCGGCGGUGGAAUGAAGAAACUUGAAAAUUCUUAUAAAUCCAUGAAAAGUGUAUUGCCGUCUAAAGCAGAAUGGAAGAAAGACAGAGCAGUAGCAUUUGAUCCAAAAAGUAACAGAGUUGAGACAGAGAAAGGCGAUAUAAUUGAGUAUGACUAUAUGGUUGUAUCAACUGGAAUUGAAUUGAAUUAUCAUAAAAUUCCCGGCCUUGUCGAUGCCUUAGAAAAUCCAAACAGUCAAGUCGUUUCAAAUUAUUCACCGAAAUAUGUCACUAAUGUCUUUAAGGCAUUCGAAAAGUUUAAUGGUGGAAAUGCAAUCUUUACGUUCCCAGCAUCUCCAGUUAAAUGUCCAGGUGCUCCACAAAAGAUCUGCUACAUCUUCGAACAUUAUUUAAGAAAAAAUCAUAAACGAAAUGAUGCUAAAGUUUACUACAAUACAGCACUUCCAGUGAUUUUCGGUGUCAAGCAUUAUGCUGAUUCUUUAUGGCUUGUCGUGAAAAAUCGAGACAUUAAUGUCAAUUUAAGUACAAAUCUUAUAGAAGUCAAUUCAGAGGCAAAAAAAGCGACCUUCGAAAAUAUUGUUACGAAGGAAAGAACAACGACGGAUUUUGGGCUUCUUCAUGCUGUUCCACCUAUGAGCACGCCGUCUGCUUUACGUGAGCAUUCUGGUGAUUUAGUUAAUGAAUUGGGCUUUGUUGAAGUGCAUAAGCAUACAAUGCAAAGUGUUAGAUAUCCAAAUGUCUUUGCAAUCGGUGACUGUGCCAAUUCACCAAACUCAAAGACCGCUGCAGCUGUAGCAGGUCAAUGUCAUGUUGUCUAUAGGAAUCUUGUUGACGUCAUGGAAGGAAAGAAACCAUCAAAAAGCUAUGAUGGAUAUGCAUCAUGUCCACUUGUUACUGGAUAUAAUACAUGCAUAUUAGCUGAGUUCGAUUACAAUCUUCAGCCUUUAGAAACCUUCCCAUUCGAUCAAUCUAAGGAACGAUUAAGUAUGCUGAUUGCUAAGAAAGAUUUUAUGGCUCCACUUUACUGGUACGGACUGGCUAACGGCUUAUGGAACGGACCAGGUUUUAUCAGAAAAGCACUCAACAUUUUCAGAUAAAUUUCAAUUUUUUUCUUUUAUCAGCGGAACUAGCGUUUAUUAAUUUUUUAUCGGUUCCAAUUAUGAUUAGUAGAUAUUCUAAUUAAUUACUCUCGUACACAAACAUACAUAUGAUCAGUGAUAUUGUUUGGCAGUGUUAGCGCCAAUCUUUGUUUUCAAUGUAUGCCUUGCAUGCAUUUACUCGACGGGUCUGCAAGAAAUCUAAUGUACAAGACCAUAAAUUUGAUAUUUAAUAUUAAAAACAUUCAGCAUAGGAAAAAGUAAAUUUCAAUUAAGAAGAUUGAUUAUGCAGGCACAAGACAAGAAGUGGGGGUCAGUCAACCUAAUUUAUUUUAAUACUUACUAUCUCCUGUUUUAUGGGAGCGGUUCUUUAACAACACAUAAAAUGGUCAAUUACAUUUGCAAUACAUAAAUGCUGUGUAUAUACAGUAAUAAUAGACAUAGAAAGUAAAUUUUAUGUACUUUAAAGGAAUUAUUGCAUGUUUGCAGUCAACACAAAUAAAACAAUAC